AUGAUACCAAACAAUUAUCCACUCCUAGAAGCAUUUCAAAAAGCAACAGAACUCAAACUCUGUCCAAAUCGCAUAUGGGCUGUUGCAGGAGAGAACUUACCCAACUUGCUACCCGAUCUCGACUUGAUCCCAGGUACCAGAGACAAGGUUGACGGGCAUUGGAACUACCCUGAGCAUGAUGGGUGCACACCUGAUUUUUGCGAGCACUCUCAACGUGAUUUCACAGCGGUUCAACAACGUCACGAGUGCAAAAAAAAGACCCGAUGCAUGCAACUUCGAUUUAAAUUUCCGAGAGAUAAACUGGAGGAAGCUGCACGCAAUGGAAAGCCAACUGUGUGGAACCUAGCCGGACCUUCUAUCCUUGAACCUCCUCAGCCAUAUAUGGCCAUUUCUCAUGUCUGGUCAGACGGAACUGGGACCGGAGCCUGGAAAGACGGAGAAGUUAACGAGUGCUUGUAUGAAUUUUUCAAAGACAUUGCAAAACAGUUCCAAUGUGAAGGGAUCUGGUGGGACACGAUUUGCAUUCCUCGCCCAAAAGCCGCCCGCAACAAAGCUAUCCAAAAGAUCCAGAGCAGCUACGAAGACGCCCGAAUCACCUUGGUGCACGAUUGUUUCCUCCGAAACUGGACUUGGGAUCCGAAAACUGCCUGUUUUGCCAUUCUGAUGUCGCCUUGGUUCAGUCGAGGCUGGACUGCCCUGGAAUUGAAGAAGUCGCGUAAAGUCAAGGUGAUCUUUAAAGGACCCUGUGGCCCUGUCAUCAAAGAUCUUGACGAAGAGAUUCUCGCAAAGAAUGAUGAGACCGACAUUCCCCGCAAAGAAGCUUCUCAGAUUAUCAGGAAUCUCCGGAAAGACAUUACGACACUGAAUGACCUUUUGAUCGCGUUGGGCUCGCGCUAUACGUCUUGGCCUAAAGACAUAGCCACUAUCUCUGCGCUACUAGUGGGUAUCGCUCGAGAGGACCUGCAGCAAGAAACCUACGUGAGCAUUCUGAAGAAAUUCCGCCGGAUUGCCCCUGGACACCUCUUCCACAACUCUGUGACUAUGUCCAAAGGACUCGACUGGUCUCCGACGAAUAUCUUUAAUAUGCCUCUAGACUCCUCCGACCCUUCCCUAAAUACCCUAACCAUUUCAACAAAUGGUGACAUCCAUGGGGAGUGGCGUGUUAUUCCUAUAGAGGCCGAACUCAAAGACAAGUGCUGGUGGAAGAACACGCAUCCUCUGAUGAUACAGAAGCUCCAAGAUGCCCUGAGACGCCCUCAGCAGCAUCGGCUCUUAGCCGAGUGCCGCCCCGGGGAGUGCCGCCCCGGGCAAGAGACGAAGCCGGUAGAAAGGGCGUUGGUUGUGAGAAGAGUGGAAGGAUCCCUCUAUAAAUACAUUGGAGCCGUAGAAUUUCACCAGGAGCUGAGAGAAAAGGAUGGGGAGAACUGCGCCCACGCGAAAGCGGAAGUGAUCAUAGCCGGGAUGACAGGAGACAGGAGACUACCCUCUUCAAACAUCGAAAGAGACGACAGAUCAAACAAUACUGUUGUGGCCGAGAGCCCGUUACACUGUGCGAUAUGGAGAGGGCAUUACAACACUUUCAAGAAUCUCAUUCACGGCGACAAAGACAUCCUAGACGCUGCGGACCAAUUUGGACGGCGGCCACUACAUCUUGCAGCGGAGCGAGGACAUCUGGAGAUGGUCCAAGAUUUGAUAUAUCACAAAGCUGCCUUGAAUGUACAGUGUCAUCAUGGGCAGACUGCGUUGCAUCGCGCUGCGUGGGCAGGCUCCUUUGUUGUUAUGAAAGAACUCUUGGAAAAUGAAAUCGAUUCAUUAAAGAAAGACAAGAAUCGGAAUACUGCAUUGCACAUAGCAGCAAAAAUGGGAUUUGCAUCCGCUGCAAAGUCUCUCCUCAAGAGCACCGAUGUUAAUGUGAAGGGCUGUAAUGAUCUGACCCCUCUACACCUCGCGGCGAUGAGCGGGCACAGAGCAGUGGCAGAGGUGCUUAAGGGUGCCGAUGUCGAAGCUAAGGACAACAAAAUUGGUUGGACUCCGCUACAUUGCGCAGCCGAUAACGGGGACCCGGAGUUAGUCGAACACCUGAUCAAAUGUGGCGCGGCAGUCAACACGCAUGAUGACCAGGUCGGUUGGACACCCCUACAUAUCGCGGCGAUUACCGGGCACAAAGCGGUCGUCGAUCUUUUACUUGACAAGGGCGCCUAUAGCACAGCUAAAGACAAAUACGAUUGGACGCCGCUACAAUUCGCGGAAAUGAAUGGGCAUGCGGAGGUAGUUGAGCUACUCCAUAGCGAAGACAGCAUGGGCGCUGACACAAUAUCUGCACACGAGGGCUUUUGGACACCGCUGCACUGCAAAGCGAUCAACAACGAGCAUGGAAUGGUCAAGCUAUUGGUCGACAAUGGUGCUGACGUCUAUUGUACUAACAAAGAUGAGAGUUGGACACCACUUCAAUUUGCGGCAGAGAACGAGCUCCGAACUGCGAUCCGCCGGCUGCUCGAAAAAGGUGCCAAUUUCAUGGCAAAUAAUAGCCAGCCGCCGCUGCACGGGGGCGCCCGCCGCGGGUAUGACCUCCGAACUGCGAUGCAGCCGCUGCUCAACAAAGAGGCCAAAGACUGGAAAAAAUGCACGCCACUGCACUGGGCUGCCAAGUACGGGCGCGAGGCAGUCACGCGGCAGCUACUCGAGGAGGGUGCCGAAAAGGAGGCUCAGGAUUCAGAUGGCUGGAGGCCGCUACACUGGGCCGUCGAGUGCGGACAAGACGGGGUCGUGCGGGAACUGCUUGCCGCGGGUGCCGACAAGGAGGCUCAAACUAGGUAUGAGAGCUGGAGCCCGCUACACCGGGCCGUUGAGCGCGGGCACAAGGUGAUCGUGUGGGAACUACUCGCCGCGGGCGCCGAUACGGAGGCUAUGGACGGGUAUUGCUGGACGCCACUAGCUACGGCCGCCAGGCACGGGCACAAGGCGAUGGUGCGGGAACUACUCGCCGCGGGCGCCGAUAAGGAGGCUAGAGUGCACGGUAUGACGCCGCUCCACUGGGCCGCCGAGCACGGGCACAAGGCGGUCGUGCGGAGUCUGCUCGCCGUAGGCGCCGAUAAGGAGGCUAGAGCGUGUGACAAGACGCCGCUCCACUGGGCCGCCGAGCACGGGCACGAGGCGACCGUGCGGGAACUGCUAGCCGCGGGCGCUGACAAGGAGGCUAAAACCUCGAAUGGCAUAUUGCCACUAUACUUAGCCACCGAGCGCGGGCACGAGGCGGUCGCCCACCUGCUGAACGCGAGCGCCUAA